AUGCCGCUGCAGCGCGCUGUUGCGGUCGACGACGCUGGCGAGGCCACGCGAGACGGCGUCGCGCCGCUUGGCCGCCGCGCCGCCCACGCUCUGGCGUGCCCCCGCAGCGCGAUCCGCCUGCGAGCACACACCGGCGCCGUGCGCGGCCUCGAGGCCGAGCUGCACUCCGCGGCGGCCGUCGUGAAUAUCGAGCGCCGGAUCCCUGAGCUAUAUCAGUGCAGACCUGACUGGUCGAUCUGCGAGGCAGUCAUGGACCUUGUCUUCAGUUUCCCGGCCUCCGCUCAGCGGUGGUUGGUGGACGCCAACGUCGCAGGCGCCGCGGCGGCGGCCCAGUACGGCGACACCGUCCGCAGCGUUGCC